AUAGAAGAUAAGGUACAGUACAGUUUUCAGCUGUUAAUUUAUUCAUUUGAAACAAUACUCUGUUUUCUGCAAAACCUCUGUUUUCACCAACAAUGGCUUCUUCUUGCUCUGUUUUCUUCACUAUUUUCGUUUUCAUCUCUCUGUUCCUUUUCUAUUCUGCUUCUGGAACGUUGGUUUUCCCUUUAAAGCAUUCUUUUUCAAGAACCCAAUUCAACAGUACUCAUCAUCUUCUCAAAUCCACCACCGUUCGCUCCGCCUCUCGUUUACACCACCACCGUCAUCCCCACCGUCAAGUUUCGCUUCCUCUAACUCCGGGAAGUGAUUAUACUCUAUCCUUUUCACUUGGGUCACAGACUAUUUCGCUAUACAUGGAUACUGGUAGCGACGUCGUUUGGCUCCCCUCACCCUUUGAUUGUAUUCUCUGUGAAGGGAAGUAUAAUCCUACCUCUAUCCCUAACCCUGGCCCUAUUAACCUCACCUCCGCCGUCCCUGUCUCGUGCAAGUCACGUGCUUGCUCCGCCGUCCACUCUUCGCUACCGUCCUCAGACCUCUGCACUAUUGCGAAAUGCCCACUUGAAGAUGUUGAAAUUUCAGAUUGCAAGGGUUAUUCGUGUCCCCCUUUUUACUAUGCUUAUGGUGAUGGAAGUUUCAUCGCGAAGCUUUACAGCGAUGAAUUAUCGAUACCCAUGUCAUCUCCGUCAUUGAUUUUGCAGAAUUUUACAUUUGGGUGUGCUCACAGUGCUCUUGGUGAACCUAUCGGAGUAGCUGGGUUUGGCCGGGGAACUCUUUCGUUGCCGGCGCAACUCGCGAAUAACUCACCGGAAAUCGGAAAUUACUUCUCUUAUUGUUUAGUUUCUCACUCUUUUGACACCAAUCAAGUUAAUCGACCGAGUCCGCUCAUUCUCGGUCGAUACUCAGUCGACGAAAAAAUGAAACAGAUGAAGAAUUAUUACUCCGAUUACGCUUACACCCCAAUGCUCGAAAACCCAAAACACCCAUAUUUCUACAGCGUCGGACUCGAAGGUGUAUCUAUCGGAAAAACAAAGAUUCCGGCGCCAGCUAGCUUACAUCGAGUUGACAGAAGAGGAAACGGCGGAAUGGUGGUGGAUUCCGGUACGACUUUUACUAUGUUACCUUUGAAGUUCUAUGAAACAGUGGUGACAGAAUUCGACCGGAGGAUUGGACCGGUUCUUAAAAGAGCAAACCCGGUUGAAGAAAAAACCGGGCUUCGCCCGUGUUACUAUAUGGAUUCCGGUUCAAAAAAUGUGCCGCAGCUGUUAUUACAUUUUGGGGGAAAUUCCAGUGUGGUGAUGCCUAGGAGAAACUAUUUUUAUGAGUUCGUUGAUGAUGAGAAAGUGAAAAGGAAAGUAGGAUGUGUGAUGCUGAUGAACGGUGGUGAUGAAGGGGAAAGUGGGCCCGCAGGGAUAUUAGGAAAUUAUUUUCAACAAGGAUUUGAAGUUGUUUAUGAUUUAGAAAAAAAGAGAGUUGGAUUUGCAAAAAGGAAAUGCGCAUCUUUGUGGGAUAACUUGAAUCAACACUAACGUGCGCGGUUGCGUAGCGGAUUAAAUUUGACGUUGACUUUGACUUUGUGAACUCUGUGAGUCAAGUCAAGUAGGGUCGGGUGUUGAAUGGGCCGGGUUGGGUUAAGGAUAUUUUGAGAAUAAAAGUGUGAUUUAUUUUUUUUCUAUUUCUGUAUGUUAUUGUAUAGCUGAAGUUUUGGUACAUAUUAGACAAAAAUAAUGAAAAAUAGAAAGGAGGAGAAAGGAAUAAAAUGUGGAUGUAAAUUUUUGGCAAUUGGAUUUGUUAAUUAUUUGUUUGAUUAUGUAAAUUGGCUCUGAAUGUUUAAUUUUGAUGAUAUUUGGUUGUGUAGUUUUACUUAAA